GUGUGGGGGUGCGUGUUAUAACAUACAGACUUGAAUACGGUAAUACAAAAUUAUCACAAUGUUUUGUCCAUUUUUUAGUAUUAACCCCAAGAGCUGGUGAUUAAAAAUCGGUCUGAAACCUGUGGAAAAACAGCCAAAAUCGGUAUAGCAUUAAAUACGUACGCUACAAAAGGUUAAAGAAACCCACCCGCUCAACAAAGCAGAAAUAUGUCAAAUUAUAAAUGUUUAAAGGACUAGCCAUGGGCUGACAUAGCGUAGCCUAGCAAACCAAAAGCCACAUUACUCAUUGCUGCAGUACACACAGCGCCAUAUGGGGACCUAGCCUGUUAGCAUAUGCAUGGUUAACAUUCAUCAUUAGCACAAAAAUGUGGCAUCGUACAUAUUUGAAGAAUUAGUUUGUCUCCUAGCUUAGAAACAUCUCUGUGUGUAGGCCUACUUGAUCUCUUUGCUUUAUCAUAUGUGGUUCAGUCGCAUUAAAACUAAACACAAUUUCUAAAGUAAGACACGAUUAGAAUCAGGUAACGGUCAGUUUUGUUCUGUAGGCAAAUAGAAGGAAUAUUGCAUAGAGCACUUAGAAAAAAAGCUUAUUUUAUGUCAUUCAAAGAAAAUUAUUAUUUUAGUUGUAACAAAGGUGAACAAGAUCACUAUCUAACAUGCAAAUCAUCACAAAACAGAUGGUCAAAAUGGUGGCUGCCGUUUUCUGUUGGACUUGUUUUUGGUCCAUGUAAAAAGAAAGAAAAACAUUGAACAAUUUAUUUUUUUCCUUCUAGGAAAGGUUAAUAAUUAAAUUAAUCUGUCAACCUUGUCCCGUCUUUCAAAAUAAGAGCCCACUCGUAUCUCUGAAUUUCUCAAUCAAUUAGGCCUAUCUACAAAAUAAUGUUCAGAGUCAAGGGCCACUGUGUCUAUAAACAGCUAUUUUAUUUGGUACUAGACCCUGUUUUUUCUCCUACAUCCGUUUUAGUCAACGAUAUUGGUACAGUCCUAAAUAAUUGUUGUUUUUCAGCUGAAUGCUUUUACCAUCUCGGAAAUGGAUUAAAACAUAAUGAUAACACAUUUUUGGUGUUCUUUUCGUUACUAUGAUUGCUUUAGUUUUCCCAAGAAGUGUGGCCCCCGAUUCAAUCGUUUGAAUCCAAUACUAGUUGUUAUGUUCACUGUUUGGUAAUUCAAAAGCACGGGAAUGUCUUGUAUGUUGGUGUGGGGUACACAGAGCCAGGGGAUGACAUCUAUGAAGGAACACAUACAGUGUGCAGUUGACGCCCACUGGUGGACCAUAGUGGUAGUAUAAAACUUUAUAGUAACAAUACCAGUAGGCUAUUAUCAUCAUUAUUAUUAGGAGUAGGCAUAGUACUAGUAUAGUAGCAGUAUAACUAGUAGUGUUAUCUGACUGAACAUUUGACCAUCUAUCCAUCCAUCGUUCCCUCAAUGUCUGUCUGUCUAUCUGUCAUAUCUAAAUACAUUAAAUAUGUAUGUCAGAAUGCCACCCGUACCGCCUGUGUGAUAUUGACUUGGAUGUUCAACAUGGCCAGAUAUUCCCUAAUGUUUUAGGGUUAGGGUGACGCAUUAUACUUCCUAUACAUUUCAAUUCCAUCAUCAUUAGACCUAUUGACGUUUAUUGGUUGAAUCGGUUCAGUUUUUAAUUCCUAAUUUAAGCUGAACAGAUAAAUUCCUCUGCGUGGUAAUUAAUAACCGUUGCGGAGAGCCCGGAGCCAAUUAGUGGCGCCAUCUUCUAAUUUACUCUCCGGCUUGCCGCAGCACCACGUGACCCAUAGCAGAAAAAACGCGAAAAUAUUGUACAGGCACCUGUUGAAUAUGCACCUCAGACAGUCAUUGUGCUCUCAUCACAUCAUUACCUCUCAGAUCACGGUGUUCUUAGUUGAAGAUCAUAGUUCUUAGUUGCACAUCUGAAUCUUAGUUGCACGACAUCUGAAUCAGUCGACGAUGACGCGGACGCCUGUUGGUGCUGGCAACAGGUCUGAGCUCACGGACAUGCACACGCGCGCGCACUCUCACACACGCGCAAGCACCACACACAAACACUCACACUCAAACGCGCCCGCAUACUAUCACGCGCGCGGACACUCAGACACGACCGCAAACUCUCACACAAGCACACACUCGCGCGCGCACACGCACAUAUUCCUCCUCCCACUCUCGGCUAAGUCAUCCCAGUGCGGGGCUGGCGUGUGUCUCUCCCGUCAGUGACUGGCAGCAGCUCUGCAGUCCGUCUGCAUUACCAUGAGAUCGUUUUUUAUUCUGGACCUUUAUCAUGUUUUUGGCGACGUAACGGACGCGCGUUAGCCGCGAAACAAACAACGUUCCGUUCCAGACCCGGUGGACCCAGAACUGGUCUGGUGCUGGUCUCGCUAAUCUGGUCUGCAUUUCCCGUCUCGGAUCUCCCGGAUCCUCCUGAAGAUGUCUGGUUGCAUGGCCAGAGACAUCCCUCCCUCCUGAUCCAUCUCUAGGAGGACGAUGCCGGACUGAACAGCGGCUGUUCCGGCGACGACUGAAACCUCUGGUGCCAGGCGUGUGGGUCACGUCCAGUGGGAACUCAACUCUCGUGUAGAGCAUGUAGGCCUGCACAGCUCGGUACAGAGUCCGGGAGGCUACCUACCCGCUGGGUUCAGACUCUACCGGGGUCUGUGUUCAGACUCUACUCGGGUCUUGACUACCUGUGACCCGCUGGGUUCAGACUUCACCGGGUUCUGGACCACCUGUUCCGCUGGGUUCAGUUCUCCACGUCCAGGCAUCCGUUUUCAGGGGGCUACAGGUGUCGGAAGAACCGUGGUUGGGACUCAGGUACCAGGCCGGUGUCUGCAUCGGGAGCGGAGGGGUGGAGUGGAGGACAUAAUCAUCUAGUCUGCAGUCCUGAUGGACCAAGUGAAGGUCAUGACACCCGUCCGGGCCUGGCUCCACCUCGACCUGGCCCUGCUGCUCUGCUCCCUCCUGGCGUCCUGCUGUCGAGGACCGGCGGCCGUGGGAGCAGUGGUGCCGGCGGCCCCCGUCAACGUGUCGGUGACCCAGCUCAGAGCUCAUUCUGCCAUGGUGACCUGGAGCAUCCCACAGGGAGACACCGUCAUCGGCUACGCCAUCUCACAGCAGAGGCAGGAUGGGCUGAUGCAGCGGUUUAUCCGAGAGGUGAACACUUCCAGCCACUGGUGUGUGUUGUGGGACUUGGACGAGGACACGCACUACAGUGUCCAGGUCCAGUCAGUGGGUCUGCAGGAUGACAGCCAGCCCAGCAGAACCAUUCAGUUUAGAACCCUGGAGAGAACCGACCACUACCCUGCCGGAGUCCUUGACCAUCAUGAACCUGCCAUGGAGGGUCUGGACAUGACCCCCCAGCUGCAGACCGGGGAGCUGCUCAUCAUCACCACCGUGUUGCUGCUCUGGGCUGCCGUGAUCGCGCUGUUCUGCCGUCAGUAUGACAUCAUCAAGGACAACGACUCCGCCGGUGGAGGGCGGGACAAGAACAAGCGGCCCUCGGUCCGGGCCCCCGCCGUACCCUACUACCAUCCCUCAGCCUCCAGCUCGCCCCUUUAUCACAACGGCUCCGUGCACACCGGCAAGCUCCACAGGGGGUCCUCUUCGAUCAGCAUAAUCAGGGUGUGAGCGUCUGAAUGUGUGAUCACAGUUCGGCCCACCCACGGCUAAAGUCUACUUUACAGGCUCUUCCUGGAAGGCUUUCUACUGAUGAACAUUUUAUGAACCACCACCCUAAAUAAGAUGGAGGGUCGUUUAUUGUCAUACUGCAGAACAUGAAGAAACGGAUGAAUAGUGCUGCAGUGGAAUGGGAUUUCCCUCCAGAUCGAGGGUGUUUGU